AUGAAUAAAUGCGUGUUCAUGACAGACCGUGUUAUUUUCCUUGGAUAUGUGGUGUCUAAGGAUGGAAUUUCAGUUGAUGAGUCCAAGGUUGAAGCUAUUUUAAAUUGGCCAAUCCCAAGGAAUAUUCAUGAAGUGCGUAGCUUUCAUGGGCUGGUGUCCUUCUAUCGCCGCUUUAUUCCUAAUUUCAGCAUUCUUAUGGCGCCAAUAACAGAUUGCAUGAAGGCCGGACAUUUUCUAUGGACUGAAGUUGCAACGGAAGCUUUUCAACAAGUCAAGCAGAAAAUAACUUCAGCUCCCAUCCUUAUCCUGCCAGAUUUCACUCAACCAUUUGAGUUACAUUGUGAUGCUUCCAAAAUUGGCAUAGGUGCUGUACUUAGCCAAGAAGGAAGGCCUGUUUCAUUUUUUAGUGAAAAGCUGAGUGGUUCUAAGUCAAAUUACUCCACUUAUGACAUUGAGUUUUAUGCCAUAGUUCGAGCACUUAAGCAUUGGAGUUCUUAUCUUGCCUACAGUGAGUUUGUUCUUUAUUCUGACCAUGAAGCUUUGAAGCAUAUUAACAGCCAAGACAAGCUCUCCUCUAAGCAUGCAAGGUGGGCUGCUUUUAUUCAACAGUUUACCUUUGUUAUCAAGCAUAAAUCAGGAUCUUUAAACAAGGUUGCCGAUGCCUUGAGCCGUCGUUCAACACUCUUGGUUUCUAUGCGAAAUGAGGUACUUGGUUUUGAUUCGUUUCGUGAAUUGUUGUCAUCUGAUCCAUAUUUUGGACCAAUACUUCCUGAUGUUGGUAUUGGAAAGCAUACAGAUUUUGUUUUGCAUGAUGGUUUCCUAUUUAAAGGAAAUAAAUUGUGUGUUCCUGCCAGUAGCCUACGCUUGAAAAUUAUUCGAGAAUUGCAUAAUGAAGGUCAUUUGGGUCGUGACAAGACCUUGCAGCUUGUGAUGAAUACUUACUUUUGGCCUUCCAUGCGGAAAGAAAUCACCAAAUUUGUGGAGGGCUGUCGUAUUUGUCAAAUUUCCAAAGGUGUCGCUUCGAAUGCUGGCCUUUAUAUGCCACUUCCUGUUCCAAGUCAACCAUGGACCAACAUUAGUAUGGACUUUGUCCUUGGUUUGCCACGCACCCAACGUGGAAAUGAUUCCAUUUUUAUUGUUGUAGAUAGAUUUUCCAAGAUGGUCCAUUUUUUGGCUUGCAAGAAGACUACUGAUGCCAUCAAUGUUGCUCAAUUGUUUUUUCGAGAAGUUUAUCGUCUUCAUGGGCUGCCUUUGUCCAUUGUGUCAGACAGAGACACUCGCUUUCUUAGUCAUUUUUGGCGUUGUUUGUGGCGUCUAUCUAACACCAAACUUGAUUUCAGCAGCGCUUACCAUCCACAAACCGAUGGACAAACUGAAGUCGUGAAUCGAUCUUUGGGUAAUUUAUUACGAAGUUUGGUGGGUGAACAUCUAAAGUCUUGGGAUCAGAAAUUAUAUCAAGCAGAAUUUGCUUUUAACCGCUCAGUUAAUCGCAGCACUGGCUUUAGUCCAUUUCUUGUCAAUUAUGGCUACAAUCCCCGAGCUCCAAUUGAUUUAGCCCCUGUUGCUGAUUUAAAGAGAGUUCAUGGCAAGGCUGAAGAUUUGAUUUCACAACUCCAAAAUGUCCAUCGCACAACACAACAGCGCCUGGUGGACGCUACUAGCAAGUAUAAACAUGAUGCUGAUAAGAAGCGUCGUUUUAUGGAGUUUAAUGUUGGAGAUUUUGUUUGGGCCAUUCUUACCAAGGAUCGUUUUCCUGUUGGUGAAUAUAACAAAUUGGCUGCUCGCAAAAUUGGACCUGUGGAAAUUCUUGAGAAGAUUAAUCCGAAUGCUUACAGAUUGAAGCUUCCCAGCCAUAUUCGCACGUCUGAUGUGUUCAAUGUGAAAUAUCUUGUUCCUUUCCGUGGCUCCAACUCCGAUGAUGAUCCAAAUUCGAGGGCGAAUUUUUGUCAACCCAGAGAGGAUGACGCAGUGAGUUUAGCAAAUACACACAUGGACCAUUGGGAUCAUGUUCGUGUAUGA